AUUGAACGAUUUUCAUUUCAAGUUUGCAGUUUCGAUUCAAACUAAUUCGUCAAAGUGAACCAACCCAAACAAUCAAUUUCAAAAUGAUCCGAACCAUUGUUGCUCUCUGCUUCGUCUUUGCUGUUGCCUCAGCUCGAAUCAGUCCAGUCCGUCAAUGUGUUAAUUCAGCAUCUUCCGGAACUAUUGAAAAUGUCGAUGUUGAUCCUUGUGACUCUGAUCGAUGUGCCUUCAAGCCAAACACCAAAGUUACUAUCAAAGGUGAACUCACCACAACCAGCACUGCCGCAAACCCAACUGUCUCCGUACAAAUUGAAGUAGGCGGUAACUUCAUUGAAUACCCUGGUAUUUCCAAGGAUGCUUGUGUAUACUUUUCCUGUCCAUUGAAAGCUGAUGCUCCAAACCUCUACAAAAUUGAAGUCCAAUCCAAUGACUUUCUUCCACCCAUGGAUACCAAAAUACAAUUUCAUGUCUACGAAUCUGAAGGUGGCGCUGAAUUGGCCUGUAUUGAAGCUGAUAUUGCUAUCAUUGCUGCAUAAAUGACUAUUAAACAAUGAUCAAAUUAAUGAAAUAAAUAAUUCUUAAUAUCUUAAACUAA